UUCGUACCAGUGUAUGUGGGCUUUUCCUAAUUCGAAUGGCUGUACAGUUCCCCAUCGUAUGAGGAUUCCAUAGUCCAUGUAACCAUUCCUUUUUUGAAUGUGGAAUUUAGGUUAUUUAUUUAUUUAUUUAUUUUUGGUAGAGAUGAGGUCUUGCCGUGUUGCCCGGACUGGUCUUGAUCUCCGUGCUCUCAAGCAAUCCUCCCCCACCUUGGUUUCCUUAAGUGCUGGGAUUACAGGUGUGACCUGUAAAUUUUUUUUUUUUUUUCUUUUAGACGGAGUCUCACUCCGUUGCCCAGGCUGGAGUGUAGUGGCGUGCGUGAUCUCUGCUCACUGCAACCUCCACCUCCCUGGUUCAAGCAAUUCUCGUGCCUCAGCCUCCCGGCUAGCCAGGAUUACAAGCACACGCCACCACGCCCAGCUAAUUUUUGUAUUUUUAGUAGAGACGGAGUUCUGCCAUGUUGCCCAGGCUGGUCUUGAAUUCCUCACCUCAGGUGAUCGCCCUGCCUUGGCCUCCCAAAGUGCUGGGAUUACAGGUGUGAGCCACUGCGCCCAGCUGAAACUUGACUGCAGGGAACAUUCUUGUACCUGUGUUUUGUUCACAAGUGAUUAUUCAAAAGAAUCAACUCCUAGACAUGGAAUUGCUGGGUCGAAGGCUAUUGAAUGUAAAAUUUCCAGAUACUGCCAAGUUGUCCUUGGAGGCUGUGCUGAGUUCUUCCUUCCCCACUGCAUAGCCUGUACACCAUCACUCAGAGCAUUUCCCAGGGCUGCAGAGGCUGUGGCCUGCCUGUUUCCCUGUGCCUCUUGUUUGGCCUGCACAUUUAAAUUUUUAAAAAUAUUUGCCAACAUUUGAAAACUGAGAGCUUGACUAUUUAAAAACUCAAAAAAAAAAAAAAAUUACCCCAAA